CGCUGUCGCCCGCAGGCGCCUGCGCAAUGGGCCGGCCGUGGGGGGCGGGAAGCGCUUCGCGGCAGCGGAGCCCAUGUCGGCCCUGAGGCGCUCGGGCUACGGCCCCAGUGACGGCCCUUCGUACGGCCGCUACUAUGGGCCCGGCGGAGGCGAUGUCCCGGUGCACGUCCCUCCGCCUCUGUACCCUCCGCUUCGGCCCGAGCCACCCCAGCCUCCAGUUUCCUGGCGAGGGCGCGGGGGCGCCCCGGCCGAGACCACCUGGCCCGGAGAAGGCGCAGGUGGCGAUGCCUACUACCCCUCGGGAGGCGCCUGGGCAGAGCCGAGUAGAGCCGGUGGUGGACACCAGGAACAGUCACCAUAUCCUGGCUAUAAUUCUAACUACUGGAAUUCUGUGCGACCGAGGGCCUCGUAUCCAAGUGCAUAUCCAGUAAGACCAGAGUUACAAGGCCAGAGUUUGAAUUCUUAUACGAAUGGAGCAUAUGGUUCACCAUACCCUCCUGGUCCUGGACCAAAUACUGCCUCAUACUCUGGGGCUUAUUAUGUUCCUGGCUAUACUCAAAGCAGUUACUCUACAGAAGUUCCAAGCACUUACCGAUCCCCUGGUAACAGCCCAACCCCAGUCUCUCGUUGGAUAUAUUCCCAGCAGGACUGUCAGACAGAAGCACCUCCACUCAGGGGUCAGGUUCCAGGAUAUCCUGCUUCACAGAACCCUGCAAUGACCUUGCCCCAUUAUCCCUAUGGGGAUGGUAACCGCACUGUGCCACCGUCAGGAGCAACUGUAAGACCACAAGAUGACGCAUGGGCUUCUGGUGCUUAUGGGAUGGGGGCCCGUUAUCCCUGGCCUUCAGCUGCACCCUCUGCCCCACCUGGGAAUCUGUACAUGACGGAAAGUGCUUCACCCUGGCCUGGCAACAGUUCUCCUCAGCCACCUCCUUCACCACCACCCCAACAACCUAAGGAUUCCUCCUACUCCUAUAACCAGUCGGGUCCAGGCAUGAACCGGCACAGCUUUCCUUGCAGUGUCCAUCAGUAUGAAUCUUCGGGAGUCAUGAACAGUGAUAAUUCAGACCUUUUGGAUUCUCAAGUCCAGUAUAGUGCUGAACCUCAGUUGUAUGGUAAUGCCGCCAGUGACCAUCCCAGCAAUCCUGUUCAGAGUAAUAAUCUCCCUGAAGAGUGUUUCUCUUCAGAUGAAGGCACGCCUCCAAGUAUUAAAAAAAUCAUACAUGUGCUGGAGAAGGUCCAGUAUCUUGAGCAAGAAGUAGAAGAGUUUGUGGGGAAAAAAACAGACAAAGCUUACUGGCUUCUGGAAGAAAUGCUGACAAAGGAGCUUUUAGAACUGGAUUCUGUCGAGACUGGGGGCCAGGACUCUGUCCGUCAGGCCAGAAAAGAGGCUGUCUGUAAGAUCCAGGCCAUACUGGAGAAAUUAGAGAAAAAGGGAUUAUGAAAUAAUUUGGAAUGAAGGGUUAACCUGUUACUAAUUUGGCCAAAGAACUCUUGAAUUUGGUUAGUUACCAUCUUUUAAAUGCCUGUUGUGACAAGAAACAACACAGUCCAGCUUCUGACUUCAAACUGAAGGAAAAGAAAUUGAAAAGCUGACAGAAGAAUGGAAGAACACAUUAUGGGAUUCUUUUUGGUUUUCAGAUGACUGAACAUAAUACGAAACUGGAAUUGUCAAUGUUGCCAAGUAGACCUGCUCCUUAAGAAAUCCAUGGGCAUCUCUAGGCUGCUUCUUAUCAACAGGAGGGAAAUAGACUUUAUGUAACAGGUUAUCAGUGCAUAGUCUGAGACAAGCAGGCUGUUUUGUAAGCAUCCAGACUGUCACAUUUUUGUGCAUUGUGACUGCAUAUACUUCAUGUGUAAAUUAUAGCUUAGACUCUUGGACCUCUGUUAUCUGCAGUUCGCAAAUGUAAUAUUAUUCUACUUGGUACAUUUUGUAGUAAUAUGUUUAAUAAUCAAAUACUGGCAGCCAGAUAAAUGGGCAGCUCUGAUCGAAUUCAUAUCCUUUCAGCCUUGAAUAUAUUGCAGUGUGUAGUGGGCUCCUGAAGUCAAUCACAUAUCUCCUUGUGUAGCAUGUUAUGUUAGUGUUCUUCCACUUCUGCUUUUCACAGUAGUCAGGAAGGUGAUUUUGGAAAUUACAUUAACAUAGAAUCACUAUGUUUGUGAAUAUUUUACUUCUUUGCUUUUUUGUUGUAUUUGGAUAAAGAUCCAGUUUUGAAAUUGUUUUUUUAAGAAAAAUAUCUUUGGCUAUUGCUGCUUCAAUAGAGAGCCUUAUGAUAGAAACAUGAAACCUAAAUGCUACAAUUAGUAUAAAUAGCGACUGCAAAAAGCAACACAUAUGAUUAUUUAAUAAUACUGUUCUCCAUUUAAUAGUUUCUGUUAAACAGAUUUGAGCUCAGUUUAUAGCUGAUAGAAGGAAAAGGAGAUUCAUGCUCAGGGAAUGAGUUAGCCAUAGCUAAAGUAGAAAACUCACUGUUUUCUUUAAAUCUGGUCUUUAUUUCAUAGAAUAAAUUACAUAGAAUUACCUGUUUCAUAAGAAAGAUGUUAUUAUUAAUAACAGUCCAUUUGGAACCAAGUUUAAGAAAGGGGGCCUUUCUUGUUUUUCCAUAUAUGUUGUUACACAGAGACAGGUAAAUAAUUUACCUUUUAAAUCUAAAGUGAGUCUAGCAUUCAGUAUCUGCUUUUGCAACAAAAGCAGUUUCUUGGUAAAAUAUCAAAGUGAUACUUGUUUUCUAGACUAGCAAGCCUUUAUGUUAGUGAUGCCUUCCCUUCUACUCACAGGGAACCAAAUCAAUGCCAGUGUGUCAUGAGUAGAAAUGUAGUUGGAAAUGUUGUGUGGAGGCCGGGGACGUGGUUAAAUUCGUAGAGUGUUUGCCUAACGUACAUGAAGUUCAGCGUUAAAUUCCCAGUAUUGCAUAAACCAGGCAUAGUGGCACAUACCUGUCUCAGCACUGGGAGGUGGAGGCAGGAAGAUUACUAGCUUAAGAUUAUCCUCAGCUACAUCAUCAAUUCAAGGCCACCCUGAGCCACACGAGAUCAUGUCUCAAAACUAAAAGGACAAGUGAUUCAAGAUUUAAUGAUUUUAUCCAAGAGUCUGUUUUUAAAACAUUUUAUUAGUGUAUAAAUUUUAUUUGGUGGUAUACAUUUUUAAUCAAGACAGAGGCAGGUAGAUCUCUUGAGUUCAAGGUCAACCUGGUCUACAGAGAGUUCCUGACCAGUCAGGGCUCCAUAGUGAGAGACAUGUGCUACCUACCUAUCUACCUAUCUACCUAUCCUACC